AUGACUGCCCUCCAGAACUGGGUCCGGCAGACAAAGAACAUCCAAUGUUUCCCCACAGAACCGAACUGUUCCAUGGAGUUCGGUCCGUGCAGGCAGAUGGAGGAUCAUGGAGACGGCUGCCAUGACAGCAUGAGCCCGAGGCUGGAAGGGGGCGGGGAGUCUUCUCAGUCAUACCUAACUCUGUGCUGCGUCACAGAUGGAGGUACCAUCAAGCAGAAGAUCUUCACCUAUGAUGCAAUGUUUAACACAAAUUAUUCUCAUAUGGAGGAUUACCGUCGACGUGAAGAUCUUGUGUACCAAUCAACUGUUCGGCUCCCAGAAGUUCGAAUCUCAGACAACGGGCCUUAUGAAUGUCACGUGGGCAUCUAUGACCGGGCAACAAGGGAAAAGGUCGUCUUGGCUUCAGGAAACGUUUUCCUCACAGUCAUGUCUCCACCAAACAAUAUAUCAGUGGUGGCAGAGAACACUCCAGCCCCCUUCAGUCGAUACCAAGCCCAGAAUUUCACUCUUGUGUGCACAGCGAAAGGAGGGAAGCCAGCCCCAUCGGUGUACUUUAAGCGAGAUGGUGAGCUAAUAGAAGUAAUAUCUUACACCGAACCCUCCACCAUCGAGAGGGGAGGAGGCUCAGCAGGAGUACGAGGAGCCCGGCCACUCAUCGGCAGGGACCUUGAUGACACUAAACUGCAUCGGUCCCUCUCCCUUCUUGAUCCUGAAGGCCGAUCAGCACGCCUGUACACAGAGAGCCCUCAGCGUUUGCACACUCAGGGCCAACAGGCCAACGAGCCGAGUCCUGCAACGGAGGUCAUCCCAGAGACAGUGGUGAGCAGGGAGUUUCCCCGCUGGGUGCACACCACGGAUCCUUUGUACUACUUUAGCCACACUCACAUCCCCCAGAGCGACGGCUCUGUGGUGGUGCAGGCUAGACUCACCUGGACCCUCAACCCUCAGCUGGAUAAUGAUGCCCUAUUCAGCUGUGAAGUUAAGCACCCAGCACUGUCUAUGCCUAUGCAGACGGAGGUCACUCUAGGCACCUUCAGGGACACCUACAUCCCCACGGUGGAGGACACCUACCGACAGGUGAUCAGUUGCGACAAGAGCGUGUGCACGCUGCAGAUCACAGACACAACAGGCAGCCAUCAGUUCCCGGCCAUGCAGCGUCUGUCCAUCUCCAAGGGCCACGCCUUCAUCCUGGUCUACUCCAUCACAAGCAAGCAGUCCCUGGAGGAGCUCAAGCCCAUCUACCAACAGGUGGUGACGUUGGACACCAACUGUCACUGCUGGAGCAAUUCCCAGAAAUUGGUCAUCAUCUUCCCUGCCAUAUGCCCUGCGAGCUCUGUGACUGCAUGA